AUGGCAGACGUACGACAAAUAUUAACAAUUCUUGGAAUGACUUGUUUAUUAUUUUUUGGAAUACCAAUUCGUAUUGAUAAACCAGAGAAAAUAAAAGAAAAAUUAUUUUUAACUUACGUUAAUAAAUUUAACAAAUCGUAUAAGUAUAAUGUAACGGAGUUAAAUCGAAGAUUUGCAUCAUUUAAGGAAUCGUUGAAAAUGAUUGAAGAGUUAAAUGCAGGUAGAACUUUUAAUAGUAGUGCGUAUUAUGGUCUAACACAAUUUUCUGACAUGGAUUUCGGUGAAUUCAAUACACAUCAUUUGAAGAAUAAUCAUGAAAAAGUAAAAAAACGUGUACAAAUGCGACAAAAAAAUAGUAUGAACAAUAAUGAAGCAUCAAAUGAAAUAUUAGUGACUCGUUUACGGCGAGCAUUAUUACCUGAAAAAUUUGAUUGGCGUGAUAAAGGUGUGGUAACGCCUGUUUAUAAUCAAAAAUUAUGUGGAGCUUGUUGGGCAUUUAGCACAGUCGAAACGCUAGAAACAAUGAAUGCAAUUAAAACAGGUGUUUUAGAAAAGUUAAGUGUACAAGAGGCAAUUGAUUGUUCGAGUAGUGUGAAUGAUGGAUGUUCGGGUGGUGAUAUUUGUAGUUUAUUACAAUGGAUGUUUGCUAAACAAAUUAAAAUUGAACCAGCCACAGAUUAUCCAUUGAAAUGGAAAACUGGCGUUUGUUUGUUAAAAGGUGCAAGUUAUGGCGUUGGAAUUACGGAAUAUGCUUGUAAUACGUAUUCAAAAAAUGAAAAAUUGAUAUUAGAUUUAAUCGCAAAUCAUGGACCUGUCGCUGUUGCUGUAAAUGCAUUAACUUGGCAAAAUUAUUUAGGUGGUGUCAUACAAUUUCAUUGUGAUAGUUCAUUAGACAUGUUAAAUCAUGCUGUACAAAUUGUAGGCUAUGAUUUAACUGCAGAAAUUCCACAUUAUAUUGUACGAAAUUCAUGGGGUGAAAGUUUUGGUGAGAAAGGUUACCUAAAAAUUGCUAUAGGUAGUAAUAUGUGUGGAUUAGCUCAUGAAGUAGCAUCAAUUUAUGUGUGAUAGAUUGGUUACGAAUGUUGUUAACUUUUUGUUAUUUCGUUGUUAUUGAAAGUUUCAAGUUAAAACUAAAGGAUGGUACAAAAAUUUAAUGAUUAAAAUAAUUGUUUUGAUUUUUUUAAACUACAAUUUAUUAAGAAUUAUAAAUUAUAAUUAUAAAGCCUUUGCCGAAUUAUCAAAAUGAGUGAAUAUCUUAUUUUAUUCAAAUGUUAUAAAACGUUUUAAAAUAUCACGUGUCUAUAUUAUCCCAGAAGCAUUCGAAGAAUAUCGCUUUCAUACCACGAUUAUUUUAAUACAUUUAUUUUGUGUCAUUCUAUGAGCUCCAGUGUUUGACCUUUUAAAAUUGAGUUUAAUAUUAUAAGUUAAUUAUGAAUUGAAUUUAAUAAGCUAGAUUCUAAACUCAAGUUACUUGAGUCAAGUGUAAUAUUUUUAUUUAAGAAAAGCUAGAUUUUAAGAAAUAAUUAAAAUCGUUAUGGGAAUUUUCAUAAGUAGUUUCAUCGUACUUA